ACGCAGGCAUAUACUUUGAUCCUAUUGGUUCUCUAAAAACCACUGAUGAUACAUUAGAUAUUAUUAUUCCAAUAGAUAUAUCUUUUAUCCAACCACAUCUAGAUAACAUAAGAGACGUUCUAGGAACUUCAAAAUAUCUAUGUAAACAAAGUAAUGCAUAUUAUGAAAGCGAAUGUCAUUAUCUGUUUCAACCAUUGUCAUCCCGUUAUUAUGAUAUAGUAAGAGAUUUCGAUUCUAUAUCUCACCUCAUGUCCAAAUCUAAUAAAAGAUCAGCUUGGUUUGCUGGAAUCGGUUCUGUUAUUAAACAACUGUUUGGUAAUAUGGAUGAAGAAGACGCUAUAAAAUACAGCGAUGCCAUUAAAACCUUAGAAAAUGAUCAAACUAAGUUAGCAACUUUGAUGAAAGAUAGUAUAUUAGUUACAAAAUCUACAUUAACGUCUCUGAAAGAAAUAAUUGACCAAAUUAGUUCAAAUGAAGCCAGUUUAAACCAUGCUAUCGAUACCUUAAACCAGGAUAUAAUUAACAUCACUUUAGCAACAGAUAAGCUAUUAAUGAGAUCUAAGAUAUCAGGAUUAUCAGAUAUUUUGGAAAGUACUAUGUUAACAUUAUCAUUUAAAUUAGAAGAUAUUAUUAGUGCUAUUAUGUUUAGUAAGUCUAAUAUAUUAUACCCAUCUAUUAUUACUCCUAAACAACUCUUUGCAGAUCUUGUUGAUAAUUAUAGAUUUCUACCUAGUUCUAAGCAAUUACCUGUACCCUUAAUCUUAGAUAACAUCCACAUCAUAGAAAACAUAUCUGAUGUAUCCAGCUAUUAUACAAAUAACAAAAUAAUAUUUGUAUUACAAAUACCUUUAGUGAACGUAAAGGAAUUUGAUCUAUAUAACACUAUACCUUACCCUAUUGAGCUUAAUGAUGUAAAUAGCACACUAUACUCAACGAUAAUACCAUCCACGAAAUAUAUAGGUAUAACUAAAGAUAAGUCAUCUUAUUGCAAAAUAGACUCACUUAGCUCCUGUAAAGUUAUAAAUACGCAAUAUUAUAUCUGUGAAACACCUAGUGUGUAUUCCACAUCUGCAGUCCCUAUAUGCGAAAGUGAGAUUAUUUCUAAAGCAUUGACUUCUGUCCCACAUAUUUGUAACACUAAAUUCGUAAACGGUAAUUUUGAAACCUUUCAUAAACUACGUAGAAACCAAUGGAUAUAUGUAAUAAGCCAAAAUUCAAAACUCACAAUAGAAUGUAAUAAUCAAGACUUAUCUGAGUUUUCUAUCCAUGGUACUGGAAUAUUAACUAUACCAGAACAUUGUAUUGCCUAUUGUAAAGAUAAUAAGUUGAUACCUCAACAUAGUUUAGUAAUUAAAACAAAACCA